UCGAAAACUAAGAGUUUCCAAAAAUAUACCUCCAAUUUCACCACCACCAACAAAAAGAAAAUGGCGGAAACCGAUAGUUCAGAGUUUCGUAUGCUCAUGUUUCCGUGGUUUGCAUUUGGUCACAUGACUCCAUAUCUUCAUCUAGCUAACAAGUUAGCUCAAAAGGGUUAUCGAAUCACUUUCGCAACACCCCAAAAGGCUAUCAACCGAUUACGGCAUUUGAAUCUAUUCCCAGAUUUCAUAUCGUUCCAUGUCAUUACCGUCCCCUCCGUUACCGGUCUCCCUCCCGGUGCCGAGACUGCUUCCGAUGUCCCCAUUUUCUUGACUCAUUUCCUCGCCAUAGCCUUGGACCUCACCAGGGACCAACUCGAGAGCCUCGUCACGUCGAUUAAACCCAAGUUUAUUAUUUACGACGCUGCUUAUUGGAUUCCCGAGGUAGCCAAACCAUUGGGGAUCAAAACAAUUAAUUUCAACGUCGUUUCCGCCGCAUCGAUCGCUAUUGUUUUGGUUCCGGCACGUAAUGUGCCGAAGGACAGGCCUAUAACUAUGGAAGAGUUGGCUACGCCGCCACCUGGUUACCCUUCAACUUCCGUAGUGUUGCGUGGGACUGAACUAGAAACCCUGUUGUUUGUGACCAAUCCUUUCGGGGAAGAGAUGACGUUUUACGAGAGAAUCACUUUGUCAAUGAAGAACUGUGAUGUUAUAUCCAUAAGGACUUGUUACGAAGUUGAAGGGAAGCUGUGUGAUUAUAUCAGCAGCCAGUACCAGAAACAAGUUCUUUUAACAGGUCCAGUUUUACCCGAAGAUUCCAAGUCUUCACUGGAUGAACGAUGGAGUAACUGGUUAGCUGGGUUCGAACCAGGUUCAGUGGUGUUUUGUGCUUUCGGGAGCCAAUUAAUUCUUGAGAUGGCUCAGUUUCGUGAACUUGUAUUAGCGUUCGAGCUAACAGGGCUGCCGUUUUUUAUCGCCCUGAAGCCACCAUUGGGAGCCGAAAAGGUGGAAGAAGCAUUGCCUGAAGGGUUCGAAGAGAGGGUUAAAGGGAGAGGAGUGGUUUAUGGUGCAUGGGUGCAGCAACCGUUGGUGUUAGCUCACCCAUCAGUGGGGUGUUUCGUUAGCCAUUGUGGGUUCGGUUCCAUGUGGGAGUCUUUGCUUAGUGAUUGCCAAAUAGUGUUGGUUCCACACCUGGGUGACCAAAUCUUGAACACCAGGCUAUUGGCCGAUGAGAUGAAGGUUGCAGUGGAGGUGAAGAAAGAAGAGAACGGUUGGAUUUCAAAGGAGAAUCUGAGUGAAGCUAUCAAAUCAGUGAUGGAUAAAGAGAGUGAAGUAGGUAAAUUGGUGAUGGAGAAUCAUAAGAAAUGGAGAGAAGUAAUAAACCCUAACUUGAUGAAUGGUUACAUCGACAAGUUUCUGCAAGGUAUGCGUCAACCUGUCAGUUGAAAGCAUCGUAAGAAAGAGGAUACCCCCCCAAAUGUCAUAUGGCUGGAAAAAGCUUGGAAUUAGUUGAGCAUUGAAAUGCCAUGGAUAUAUCUUUCUCGAAGCUCACUCAUCUUGUGUUUUAGUUCAUUAUCUGCUAUAUUUAUUUUCAUGUAAGUUUACCAUAGAUCUUUUUAGUUGCAGCUAUUUUAUGUAAGUUUAACAAUCGGUU